AUGAAACAGAAACGCUGGUGUGGGAUGACUGCCAAAACAGGCACUGUGUUAUCAGGGGUGUUUACCAUCAUAGCCACGUGCAUGUACCUCAUCUUUGAGCAGAAGCACAUGAAGAGCAGCGAUUGCACUGAGAUUAACCAAAGGGCCAAGAGUGUGAAUAAUCUGAUAAGUCAGUUCAUCAUCUGUUGGAGUUGGAAUAUUGUCCUCUUCCUGUCUUGCAUCACCAGCAUCAUCAGCUGCUUGCUGCUAUACUCAGUAUAUGCCCAGAAGUACAGGGGCUUGGUGAUCUACAUCAUCUGGAUCCUUUUCUAUGAAGCUAUGAACAUUGUAGUGCAAAUCCUCACCAACAGUGGCACGAGCAUUGGAGAGGUCAGAGUCAUCCGCUGGUUUGGCUUGGUGUCCCGUAUAUUUAUGCAUUGUUUCUGGAUGUUCUUUGUCAUGACUUAUGCCCAGAUAAUCUACAAAAGUAAAAGCCAGGGCAAUAUCAUUUCCUACAACACACGUAUGUCUGUAGGCAACAGAGAUUUCCUACGGCGGAAAUCAAAGAUAACCCACUUUGCCCGCCACUAUAAUGAAUAA